CACGCGCGGUUGCUCCGCGGCCUCUGGCGCGAGGCUGGGCGGGGCGCUGGGGGGCGGGGCCUGAGCGAGGCGGGUCCGCGCGAUUGGGCCGCAGGGCGGACCCAUGGAGCUCUCGACGUCAAUUGGCCCGUGCCGCCCAGGAACGGCCUCCGCACUGGACAGGACAGACGUCACUCAAAGGCCCCGGUGCCGUUCAUUGGGCCGGCGCUGGAGGCAGCCGGGCGACGGCCCCGCGCGGCGGUCGCCGCGCGCAAUCCGAGGGAAGCCGGAUGCAUGGGGCGGCGGCGGCGCCGGGGGUACGCGGUCGGGGCCCUGCCCGAGGCCAUCGCCGCGCUGAGUCAGACGCUGCCCGCCGGGCCCAGCCCCGAAAUCUUCCGCCGCGCCAAGUUCGACCGUCCGGAGGCGGCCCCAGCGCUCUGGCAGCUGCUCUUCCGCGUGCUCUCGCCGCCGCCGGCCGCCGGCGCCCGGGCCUCCGCUGCCCUCGGGGCCCAAGUCCGCCUGGUGAAGUCGGCGCUGUGCUCCCAGGGCUACCCCAGGCGGGUGCUGGCACAGCUCCCUGAGGACGGCUCCCAGGGCAGCCGUGAGCUUCUACUGGCGCUGGCCUGGCUGCUGGCCCGCGGGCCCCUGCUGGAACACCUGCUGGCCCAGACUCGAGUGUGGCUGGGUGAUGAGAUACCCCUGUGCCAGUGUGAAGCCCUGGCCAAUCCUGGCCCACCUGCACCCUGCCAAGAAGCAGAUGGCCCUGUGGACAUACGCCACUUGCAGUGGCUGAUGGGAAAGCUGCGGUUCCGGUGGCGAGACCUGAUCACCAGUCAGCAGGAGCUGUGUGCCCUUCUGGGCAAGAUCCACUCCUAUACCCGCGGCUGCCACAGUGACCGCAGCCUUGGCCACCUGUCUGUUGCUGAGAUCCAGCUGCUCAGGGACCCAGAGGGCGGCCAGCAGCUGCUUCAGAGGCUGGAGAGUGAGAACGCGCGCCUGGAGGCCACCCUGCAGUGGCGACGUCGGGAGCUGGUCUUCUGGCGGUGGAUGGACACGGUCCUGGGCAGCUGCCCCCUGGAAGCCUCACCGGCCACGGUUCUGCCCAGGGACCCUGCGCCGGGGCCUGGCGAGCUGGAACUGGUGGCCUGGGAGCUACAGGGACUGCGUGGGGAGUUGCAGGGGGCUGCGGAGCCCCGGCGGGCAGCCUGGGAGGCCAAGGUGGGGGCCUGGGGCUGGGGGCCGGAGUGGAGCACUGCGCAGCGGGCCAUACAGGAGGCUGUGGGGCGGGACCUGGCAGCUCUGCAGCGGGCCUGGGAGCAAGGUGGGGCCCCGGCGCUGCCCCACAGGCCCUGCAGGCUGGUGAAGAGGGAUGCCAGAGCCGUGGAGGGCCCCGGCCUGUGGGCUGCCGAGCUGACUGGGGCGCUGCGGAUCCGGGAGAGCCGCCUGGAGGCUGUGCUGGGCCAGCUGCAGGCACGGUGUCGGCAGGAGCUGGCCAGGCUGGCGGGAGCCGAGCCCGGCCUCAUCUGGAUCCUGCCGUCUGGUCGCUGAGGGCCCGAGGGUGGGUCCUGCCGGAGGGCGCCGGCCCUGACGCCCUGAGAGCCUCAGAGGAGCAGGUUUCCGGCGGCCCCAGGGAUGCUGCCGACAUGACCCCCUGGGGUGCUUGCCCUGAGCUCUGGCCCAUCCCUGCUUUGGGACAUACUGGAGGCAGACGUGACAGGUGUCUGUGGGCGUGCAGGAUCAAGACAGUGUGCAGAAAUGAGUUGUAGAGGCCUCCCUGCAGGGGUGAAGCCCUGUCCUGGUCCCCCUUCAGCCAGCCCUCCAGGUUCCCAUCUGGGGAGGGUCAGGUCUGUGCUCAGGCCCAGGGAACGGGACCCUGGGUAGUGAGGGCCAAAGGAGGGCUGGUCCUGGGCUGCCCUGGAGCUGGAGGGUCAGGCACGGCCUGAAGCAUGGACUGGACCUCAGGGUCCUGGGGGAGGGGACAGCCCUGGAUGUCCCAUCCGCACUGCGUCCUGGCCCCCACUGCCGUCCCACCUUGUUCCCCGGGCCUGGUGUGUGUGCGUGUGUGGUGGGCGGGGAUGCUGGCCGGGAGCCUGGGGGUGGGGGAUGCUAUUUCUUUCCUGGGGGCGGUGCUGGGGGUGAGGGGGAGGCCACUGUGGACAGAGGGGGCUUUGUUCGUGGGACUGUUCGGGGAGCUGGGCUCGGCCCUGACAAAGAGCCAUCUGUCUGGGUGAUGUGCCCCCACUUGCCGGAACAGGCCCCCCUCCGUCCCAGGGGCUCAGCCUUUCGGCACCCCUCACCCAGCAGGCACAGAUGGCCUCGUCCUGCCUCUCUCAGCCCGGGACAGCUGAACCCCAGCCCGCUGCUGGGCAGGUGCAGGGGCCUGUCGGCUGUCUCCGACUGCCAGCCGGGUCAGGCCCAAGGAUGCUCUCACAGCCUGGGUCCCCACGGAGCGUUCUCUCGUUGGCUGUGCCCGAGGGAUGCCCGCUGCUCCCUCUGCACUGGUCAGACCAGGCAGACCGCCCAGGAGGGCGUCCCUGACCCUCUCCUCACGGGCCUGGCCCGUGCAGUCUCUGGGCCGGGGUCCUUCCCUCCCAACCACAGCCCCCUCCCAGCUCCUUGUCAGAGUUCCAGCUGUGGUCCAGGGCUCACGGGGCCUCGACUGUCUGCCCGCCGUCUCUGGAUGUGUAGAGUCCCUUUUGGACGCCCUGCAGCCGACCCCUCUGCCUCCCAUGCCCUCAGCCGUCCUGACCACCGGCGGGACCCUCCUCAUCUGGGAAGCAAGUCCACUCAAAGCUCCCUGCCUUCUGCGGAUUGCCCUUGAGCUGGGACCCCCGUGGGCCCUCGGGAGCUCGACGUGUAGAAGCCAGAGGCGCGCUCAGUUCUGUGGGGCCGCCCUUGGCCAGACUGAUCUGUGGAUCCAAUACAACCCACUCAAACCCCA